GGAUGUUAUGCUGAACACCUUUGAUACUUUUCCCUAUAUAUAAUUUGGACCAACACUAUAUAGAAAUAUACAACUGAAAGACGAGAAAAUAUAAGUUAAUAAUGGUACGUGGUUUAUCACUUAGCUCUCUUCUUCUUUUUUUUCAGUAUAUAAUUUUUAUAUGGGCUGGAAGUGCAACUUCAGCUUCAACUACAGAAAGCUUCGUCAUAUGCGUAUCAAAAAAUUCUGAGCUUUCCGUACCAGUCACCACAACCAUUUUCACACCAAACAACUCAUCAUUUACUAAUAUUCUCGGAUCAUCAGCGACGAAUCUGCGGUUCUUAGACCCUUCAGUUCCAAAACCGGAGUUUUUAUUUACACCAUUACAUGAUUCCCACGUCCAAGCAGCCGUUAUUUGUCUGAAAGAGCUCGGAUUACAACUCAGAGUCCGAAGUGGAGGCCAUGACUACGAAGGAGUCUCCUACGCAUCUCUAAACCAGAGUCGUUUCGCCGUGAUAGAUCUUGUCAAUCUUCGACGUAUCAACGUUGACAUCCAAGAUAACUCUGCUUGGGUUCAGGCCGGCGCCACGAAUGGAGAACUUUACUACAGAAUCUCUCAGAAAGGCAAAGUACAUGCUUUCCCAGCUGGAAUUUGCACGAGCGUAGGGAUUGGUGGCCACAUCACAGGAGGAGGUUAUGGUUCUCUGCUAAGAAAAUAUGGCCUCGCCGCUGAUAACGUCGUGGAUGCUCUAAUCGUCGAUGUUAACGGAAGAAUUCUUAAUAGAACAGCCAUGGGAGAAGACUUGUUUUGGGCCAUAAGAGGUGGCGGCGGAGGAAGCUUUGGAGUCAUUCUUUGGUGGAAGGUUAAACUUGUACCGGUUCCGGCCACCGUGACAGUGUUUAAAGUGACCAAGAAUUUGAAGCAGGGCGCCACGAAGAUCAUCUAUAAGUGGCAACAAAUCGUUGAUAAGCUUCCUGAAGAUCUCAUGCUUAAAGUUACCAUGGUAGUGGUCAACGGUACUAUAGAAACUUAUUACGAAGCUCUUUUUCUCGGAAACACUGAUGGACUCCUUCGAAUCAUGAAAACGAGGUUCCCUGAGUUAGGUGUGACCCAAAAAGAUUGUAUCGAAAUGAGUUGGGUUGAGUCUGCGGGUUUCCUCGAAGGAAGACCAAUUGGAACACCGGUUGAGUACCUUCUUCAAUCGAAAUCUAUAUACAGGACCUUUUUCAAGGCCAAGUCAGACUACAUAAAAGUUCCCAUACCAGAAGUGGCUCUCGAGGGGUUGUGGGAAAGGAUGUUGAAAAAAGACAUUACACCAACGAUAAUUUGGACUCCUUAUGGUGGAAAGAUGAGCAUGAUUCCAGAAUCUGAUACCCCUUUCCCUCAUAGGAAAGGAGUCAUUUAUAUGAGUCAGUACUUCAGUUUCUGGUUAGCUGGGGAGCAACAUCCAGAGAGGCACCUUAAUUGGAUUAAGGAGUUGUAUGAGUACAUAACUCCUUAUGUUUCCAUGUCUCCACGAGAAGCCUAUGUGAACUAUAGAGAUCUUGAUAUUGGGAGGAACGAGAUUGGCAGAACUACAAGCUUCGAGCAAGCGAGUGUUUGGGGUAAGAAGUAUUUCAAGGAUAACUUCAACAGAUUGGUAACUGUGAAAAGUAAAGUUGAUCCGGGUAACUUCUUUAGGCAUGAACAGAGUAUUCCACCUAUUAAAAGAUAUACAUAAAUAUAUAUAUAUAUAUAUAUAUCUUACAAUAAAUUCAUAAGACAUAAAAGUCAAAUAAUGUAUGCGUGUUGUUUAUGUUCAAUAACACUAUAAUAGGGCAUAAAUUUCCUUUACGUUUACAAAUUUCAUCAAAUGUUACUAUUGGGCUUUGAAAAUAUGGCAAUGUUUACUAAACAUGUUUGCGAAUUUGUAACAACAAUUAAAAAAAAAUGUUGUAUUUCACUGUUA